AUGUUGAUAGGGGCAGAUGCCACCACGUCGUUAUUAUCGAUCGGUCAGAUUAAUGUAUCGAGAAAGGAUUACGAAAUUUUUAUGCAGAAAACGCAACUCGGCUGGGUCGUUGUGGGCGGCGCGAAAGGAACCCUCGAAACAAAAAAGGUCACGUGCAAUCUAAGCGAGCUGACUGAACAAAUUGCGAAAUUUUGGGUCAUUGAAGACAACAUCAGUGCGAAGGAAUCGAAACUUGCAGAGGAGUCAUUGUGUGAAGCAUUUUACGCGCAAACUACAACGCGAGAGUCGUCAGGGCGGUAUAUAGUUCGAUUGCCGUUUCGCGAUCGCGAUCAAGGUUUUGGCGAUUCACGAUCAAGCGCGCUUCGGCGGUUUCACGCGUUGGAGAAAAAAUUGAGAUCUAAUCCGAUACUCGAUUCAGAUUAUAAAAGGGUCAUGAACGAGUAUAUUAAUUUAAAUCACAUGUCGUUAAGCGUCGACGACGGUGAAGAGGGAUACUAUUUACCUCAUCAUGCCGUAAUUAAAGAUACCAGCACCACAACAAAGCUACGGGUUGUUUUCGACGCAUCUGCAAAAUCGAACAAAGGCCUCUCAUUGAACGAUAAAUUAAUGGUCGGUCCGACGAUUCAAGACAAAUUGUUUGAACAUCUUUUAAAGUUUCGUAUGCAUGCGUUUGUUCUUACGGCCGACAUAGAAAAAAUGUACCGACAGAUAAUAAUUCACCCGGAUGACCGUAAAUUUCAACGUAUCUUUUGGUACCACGAGGGUAAAAUCGCUGUUUUUCAAUUAAACACGGUGACAUUUGGCGUCUCAUCGGCACCUUUUCUCGCGAUUAGGACCAUUAAACAAUUGGCCGACGACGAAAGCGCGAAUUUCCCUCUAGCAUCUCAAAUUAUAAAACGUGACCUUUACGUAGACGAUUUACUGACCGGAGCAAAUUCUUUAUCAGAGAUAUUAAAAAUUCGCGAUGACAUAAUUGCGCUUUUAAAACGCGGUCAAUUUAACAUUAGACAAUGGGCUUCGAAUCACGACCACGCGCUUGACAGCAUAGAUGAGAAGGUAUUAGGAUCAGAUCACGCUGUCGAGAAUAAUCCUAUUCUAAAAACUCUUGGUACCGUGUGGAAUUCGCGACGCGACAAAAUCUUGUAUAGCCUCAAACCGCUCGAGAGACCUGCUAAAAUCACAAAACGGACAAUUCUUUCAGAGAUAGCUAAAAUUUUUGAUCCCCUUGGAUUACUGGGACCGAUAUUAUUAACCGCAAAAACGAUUAUGCAGGUGUGUUGGAAGACUAAAAUCGAUUGGGACGAGUCCGUGCCUAACACGUUACACACUACGUGGACGUCAUUUAGCGAUCAACUUCCGCUAAUUCGCGAAGUAUCCGUAGACCGUCGCCUCCUUCUGGAUGACCCGAUAAGUAUUCAAUUACAUGGGUUUUGUGACGCGAGCAAGGUCGGAUAUGGUGCGUGCUUGUAUUUGCGUUCUUGUGACAGCGGCGGGCGCGUGUUAGUUCGCCUGGCAUGCGCGAAAUCAAGAGUAGCUCCGUUGAAAACAACGACCAUUCCCAGACUAGAAUUAUGCGCCGCUUUAACUUUAACUCGUCUUUAUCAAGAAUCACGUUCGACCUUUAAUUUCAAACUCGAUAACAUCAUCUUCUGGUCAGACUCUAUGAUCGUACUGCACUGGCUUAAAAAGUCGCCACAGGUUUUAAAAACCUUUGAAGCCAACCGCGUCGCUGAGAUUCAGGGUAUUGGCCGCGACAUAGAAUGGCGACACAUAAACACCGAACAAAAUCCGGCCGACGCUUUAUCACGUGGCCAGUUGCCUGCUGAAUUUCUAAAAAAUAAAUUAUGGUUCAAGGGUCCAUCGUGGCUUCAGCAGCCUGAACAUCUUUGGCCUGUAAGCGCAUAUAAAUCAAUCACCGAACUCCCCGGCCUAAAGAAAAAUAUGUGCUUCGCGUUGAACGUCCAAACGGACAUUUUUUCGAAAUUCUCAUCAUAUACGAGAUUGGUACGGGUUACCGCAUAUUGCCGUCGAAUGCGCCGCGCAAAUCAAUAUAAAGGCGAUCUUUGUACACAAGAGAUCACAGAAACCGAGCGACAAAUCAUAAAAAUUAUUCAGUUGGAACAGUUCCAAAAUGAAAUCAAUCAAUUACAAAACACCGAAGAUAUCAAAAACUCUCGGUUGUUCAAUCUGAGUCCAUUCAUAGAUGAACACGGUUUGUUGCGUGUCGGCGGACGUUUGAAAAAUGCAGACAUCAGUUACGCACAAAAACACCCAAUCUUGUUACCAUCUCGUCAUCACGUCACCGACCUCCUCAUUCGCGAAUCACAUGAAAGAACCCUGCACGCGGGAAUUCAAAACACGCUGUACACGAUGCGACAGCGUUAUUGGUUAUUGGACGGAAGAAAUCAAGUGCGCAAAAUCGUCCGACGGUGCGUGCGUUGCUUCCGUUUCCGACCUACCGCGAUUCAGCCUAAAAUGGCGGAUUUGCCGAGAUCGCGAGUUGAAGAAGUCGCGGUUUUCACGAACGUAGGAGUGGAUUUUUGCGGGCCGUUCUUUAUUAAAGAAAAGAAGAAGCGAAACAAGGUACGCCUUAAAGCAUAUGGUUGUAUUUUCAUAUGCAUGACUGUCAAAGCAAUCCAUAUCGAAAUCGUAUCCGACUUGUCAACAGAAAGCUUUUUAGGUGCGUUAAAGCGAUUCAUUGGCCGUCGAGGCGUCCCAACUAACAUUUAUUCAGACAACGGUACGAAUUUUGUAGGGGCAAGCAAUCAGCUACGCGAGGCAUAUUCGUUAUUACAAUCUGACGAAUUCAAAAACCAACUUAACCAAUAUACAUUGAGCAAACAAAUAACUUGGCAUUUUAACCCGCCUUUGACACCUCAUUUCGGAGGUAUAUGGGAGGCGGCUGUAAAAUCAUUUAAACACCACUUUAAACGCGUCGUAGGAGAUCUUCUGUUCACGUACGAGGAACUCACUACGUUCGCAAUUGAAAUAGAAGCGAUUUUAAACUCCAGACCUUUGUGUCCGAUUUCGUCGGAUCCUAACGAUCCGAUUGCCCUAACAUCUGCACACAUUUUAAUCGGCCGUCCGUUCACUAUGUUACCCGAAAACGAUUAUUCGACUGUUCCAGAAAACCGUCUAUCUACUUGGCGACUUAUCACUAAGUCUCGUCAGAAUUUUUGGAGACGAUGGUACGUCGAAUACUUAAACGAACUCCAGAAACGCCAAAAAUGGCUAAAGACAUGCAGCAAUUUGAAACCUAAUGACAUGGUCAUCAUCAUGGACAAAAAUCAACCUUGCAUGCGGUGGCAGUUGGGUCGGAUUGUGGAUGUUCAUCCUGGAAGUGACGGUGCUGUCAGAGUCGCCACUGUGCGAACAGCCAAUGGGACAUUUCAACGAAAUGCAACAUUGUUAUGUCCUCUACCGAAUACGACAUAA